GUAAUACCCGCGACCUAGUCAUCAUGACGUUUUCGAAAGCGAAGAGUUUGUUUGAAAUUUUCUUAUGUCUUUCUUUCACUAUCCUUGUCAGCGCAUCAAUGGAAGCUACAGCUUUGAGUGCAGACAACACCAUGGCAUCUGCAAAAGGGAACUUGAAAGUCUCCAUAAAAAUAUUUUCUGGUCUUCCUGAUCCAGAGUGGCAAGUCAUUCCUUCAGAUCCUAACUACAAUAAAAUUAAUGAGCUUCUUAACACUGCAAGAACUGGAGGGUUUGUUUUGAAUCCCUUUAAGGACAUGCCAGCACGACUUGGCUUCAAAGGAUUCACAAUACAGGACACAACCAAGGGGAUCAAAGAUCUGGAAUAUAUCUAUGGUCCACACACUGUAAAACUUCAACAGUUAUUACUUCAGAGCAUGCCAAGUGAAGUGCUCUCUGGUAAGUUACGAGAGGAUCUCUCAAAGGAGAUUGGGAAAGAAGCUUUAGGAGCAACAUCAAGUGAGGCAACAUCAAGUGAAUCAACAUCUAGUGAUUCAACCAACUCACCAACAGUACCACACUCAGAGUCUGGAAACUUGAAAGUUACCAUGUUAGUAUUUUCUGGUCGUCCCGAUCCACAGUGGGAAAUACUUCCAACUGACCCAAACCAUGACAAAAUCAAACAGUCACUUGACACUGCAAGAGACCAAGGCUUUAUACGCUCUAUCAGAGAAAUGCAAUCACGACUUGGCUAUAAAGGAUUUCUUAUACAGGACACAGCCAAAAAUAAUGAAGAGCCAGAAUUUAUUGCUGGACGAAACACAGUUCAACUACAACAGCUACUACUUCAAACCCUGCCUGACGGGUCUAUCUCUGCAGAUUAUCGCAGGAAAAUUUUAGAAGAGAUCAAGCUUACUCCUUCCCCCUAAGGAUAUGCUCCACUGUUCUUGCUUGUAGACCAGUUUUGAGCUUUAUUUUGCAUUUGACAUUUCUUAAUUGUUGUAGAAAAAUUGAGUUACAAAAUUUGAAUACUCUAUCAAAUAAGAAUUGAUUAUAGUAACUGUUAUAUUAUCAAAAUGAUAUUGUCAUACUUGUAUCAAAAUAAUAUUCAGCAGUUUCCCUUUAAUGAAAAGCAACUGUGGAACAAGCUUUUGAUAAACAACUUAUCAUAUCCUUCCAG